AAAGGGGUAAAAACUGUCACGUAAAGUGACGGAUAAAAUAGAGAGAAAAUGGAGCUGCCAUUGAACAUUUUCUAUGUUGCAGCUACUUUGCUGUUGACAGGGUUUGCAUGGUUUCGAUACAGAGGUCUUGAAUAUGUGAUCAUGCACUACCGCUGGGUUUUUGUUUGCUUGUUUUUGUUGCCAGUUUCGGUAGUGUACGACGUCUGGAUGUAUAUCAGGACUUGGUUGAUAUUUAAAUUAAAUUCAGCACCCAAACAACAUGACAAGAAAGUCAGGCAUGUCCAGCAGCAGAUCAAAGCAUGGCGUGCAGACGGCAUGAAAACAAAAAUGUGUACAGCUAGACCCGGUUGGAUGAAUAUCAGUUUCCGUCGCGGUUUGUACAAAAACACCAUGAAAAAUAUUGAAGUGAACCUCAUAGACAUCAUAGAGGUGGAUACUGAGAGACAGGUGGUCCGGGUAGAGCCACUGGCUAGUAUGGGUCAGCUGACUGCUAUGUUGAACCCCAUGGGCUGGACAAUACCGGUGCUGCCAGAGCUUGAUGAUCUCACUGUAGGUGGGUUGAUUAUGGGUGUUGGUAUAGAAACCUCCUCUCAUAAAGUUGGACUAUUCCAGCAUUGUUGUGUAGGGUAUGAGUUAGUGCUUGCUGAUGGUAGUGUUGUAAAAUGUUCAAAGGAUGAGAAUUCGGACCUGUUUUAUGCUGUACCCUGGUCCUACGGAACCCUAGGAUUCCUUGUGUCUGCUGAGAUACAAAUUGUGCCUGCCGCAAAGUAUGUGAGGAUGGAGUAUUUCCCGGCUCUCAGCAGGCAGCAGAUGAUCAAACGUUUCGAGCAGGAAACCAUGAAGAAAUCAGGAAAUGAUUUUGUAGAGUGUCUGGUGUACUCAGAAACAACAGGUGUAAUCAUGACUGGAGUGAUGACAGAUGAUGCUGAACCAGAUAAGAUUAAUGCUAUUGGUCAUUUUUGGAAGCCAUGGUUUUUCAAGCAUGUAGAGAAGUAUUUACGUCGGGGUUCUGCCGUGGAGUAUAUUCCACUGAGACAUUAUUAUCAUAGACAUUCUAGAAGUAUUUUCUGGGAACUGCAGGACAUUAUACCGUUUGGUAACAACCCAAUAUUCCGCUACCUUCUGGGUUGGACAGUUCCCCCCAAAGUUUCUCUUCUCAAACUUACCCAAGGGGAGACAAUAAAGAAAUUGUAUGAAAAACACCAAGUUAUACAGGACAUGCUUAUUCCCCUUGGAAAAUUGGAUGAAGCUCUAGAUGUGUUUCAUAAAGAAUUUGAGCUCUAUCCCCUUUGGUUGUGCCCAUUUAUGUUGUAUAACAACCCAGGAUUUAUCCACCCAGAGGGCAGUGCUGACGAGAUGUAUGUAGAUAUAGGGGCCUAUGGAGCUCCAACAGCUCCAGGAUUCCAGGCUGUUCAAGCAACAAAAAAUGUAGAGGCUUAUGUGAAAAAAGUUAAAGGUUUUCAGAUGCUGUAUGCUGACACGUAUCUUUCUGAGGAAGAUUUCCGUGAAAUGUUUGACCAUUCACUGUAUGACAAGAUGAGAAAACGUCUGAACUGUGAAAAUGCAUUUCCUGAAAUAUAUGGCAAAGUGAACAGGAAAGUUAGGGAUUAAGGUCUUCAUUGAUUCAAAGUUUUGAAAUUACUGUGUGUAACAGAACUUGUUUUAACUUUAUAGUUCUUUAAAAUAAGUGAGUAUAGAUGUUUUUAUUUCAUGACUCCUUAUAGAGAUCACAGUUAAAUAGUUUAUGCUGUAUUAGUGGCUUGAAAAUAAUAGAAUCAUAAGAAUAGUAUCUCAUAUGUGAAUUUGAAAAUUAGUUGAACUUAGGAGUAUGCCUUAAAUGGCAUAAUAGCUCAUUUCAAACAGGGAAAAUUUGUGUUCAAAGUAGUUUUCCUUUUUGUCUUUAUUGGCAAGAUUUGUAUUCAUGGCAUUAAUCUAAGACUUGGUUAGGAUCUGUUCACAGAAUGGCAGAAAAUGUUGACUUGCCAAUAAAUGUUGUUUGUUAUUAUGCUUUCAUACACUACAGGUGUCUAGACAGUUUGAUAUAAGAUCAGAUUAUAUAACAAUAACAAAAGAUAUGUCUAAUUCUAGCCUGUUUCUUAGUUUAAAACUCUCAGAUGCAAAAAUAGUUUUAUCAGGGGACCAAUAUCAUAUAUAUGUAACUUGUGACAACUGCUACAUGGAACUUUGUUGCAUCCCUGCUUCAAGCUCUCAUGUUUGCAAAUGAGUGAAAUGAAUAGUAGCACAGAAUUGCAAGGCCAUGGUGUUGAAAAAUCGAGUGCUGUUGAUACUUGCCUCAGGCAGAGACAGUAGUAACAAGUUUUACUCAAUUAUACCCAUUGUUACUACUGCUCGUAAUAAAUUUUUACAUGGAGUAUGUAUAAUGUUUUAAGAGAUUUGAUUUAUUAUUGGGGUCAAAUCAAGAACCUUCCCAGUAGAGGAUGGUUUGCCAUUAUUUGUUGUGAUAUACCAGUGCUCAAAUAAAUUCUGUCUUGUGUGUAGGCAU